AUGUCUGACCUUUCAAAACAUAACAAGACCGAAUUAAUAGCCGCUUUAUCCAAACUUGAAAUCAAGUUCACCAGAAAGGAUACCAAAAAGGUUUUACUCAGUAAAUUACAAGAGUACAUUGAAGAAAAUGAAAAUGGCCUCGAGACAGUUAAACAAACCCUCGAAGAAUCUAGUGGUGCAUCCGGUGAAGGAGAUGAAGAAGAAAUUACAAUUGUUGAUUCUGAAGACGAAGAUGAUAUUACUGAUGCAAAAAUUGCCGCUGAAGAUUUAGGUGAAGAAGAAGAUGAAGAUGAAGAUGAUAAAGAUUAUCAAGCUCCUCCACCUUUCAAUGUGAAAGAUUGGGUAGUUGAUCCAUUGAUUAGUAUUUAUGAACAAGGUGUUGAUAAGUUUUAUGAAAUUGGUGAUUGUGUUGGUUUAACUUUUACUAACUAUAGUUCUAAAUUAAGACAGCAAUUAUCUUCAACUGUUACAUUAAAUUAUUUGGAAUUGGUUAUUGAAUUGGCUGUUUUCUUAUAUCAAUUUGUAUCAAUUGUACCAUUAAAUGAAAAUAAAUUAAUUCCUCAAUCAAUAAUUCCAAACCUUCCAUUCCUUGGUACUUCCACUGUAUCAACUUUUGAAAUUACUGAAUUAUUCACAUCCAAAGCAAUUUCAAUCUUCUUUUUCUGGGUUGUUACUUCCAUCUUAGGUCCAUUGGUUAUUUCUUAUUACUUGAAUUUUACAAGAAGAAUUGUUGAAUUUGAAGAAGAAACUCUUUUAUUCAGAGUUUACGAUUUUGAUCCAUUUAUCUUUGCCAUUUCCAAAGUAUUCCUUUUCUACCUUGUUGGACAUGAAUACAAUUUACUUCAAUUGGUUGAAGGAGGAAAUAUUUUGUGUGCUAUUAAGAACCAAUUCUUGAUUUAUUCACAAUUAUAUGCCAAAUUUACCUUAAGCUUUGGAAACUGGCCAUAUGUCAUUGGGGGUGUGAAUGUCUUGAUUGCCCUUUAUUCUCAAUUUGAAGAAUAUUAA